AACCUUUCAACGACAGGAAACCCUGUGAGUCGCUCUGCUCCACUCCUCCUGAGUGUGUAUCUGCGCGCGUACAGACGCACAGCACGGCACCUCGAGCGCAGAGAUAGUUAUAAUAAGAGAAGCGGACGAUGAUUUCUCGAAACCCGGGCUCCGGAUAACUGUUCAAUCAAGAAUAUCUCUAUGGCGGUACAGGAAAUCUGACAUUGGACGCGUUAAGAGACAUUUUAUAUUUCAAGAGAAAGCAGAAAACAUGGGAUGUAACUGCAGUUCGGACUACUCAGACGGGGAGUGGAUGGAGAACCUGGAUGAAAUCUGUGAGCACUGCAGCUGUCCCAUACCUCCCCAGUCAUGCAAUCCAUACACAGACCAGCUGACUCCAUACCCAGCACAGCAUUCACCUCCUACAUCUCCUUUACCAGACAACCUUGUGGUGGCCAUAUACAGUUAUGAACCCACCCAUGAUGGUGACCUGGGCUUUGAGAAGGGAGACACGCUCAAGAUCAUCAACAAGGAUGAUCCAGAGUGGUAUUUGGCGGAGUCCCUCAUCACGGGCCAGCGAGGCUACAUCCCGCAUAACUUUGUGGCAAUGACCACAGUGGAGACCGAACCGUGGUUCUUUAAGAACAUUUCUAGAAACGAAGCCAUGAGGCUCCUCUUGUCUCCUGGGAACACGCUGGGCUCCUUCUUGAUUCGAGAGAGUGAGACGACCCAAGGUUCAUAUUCCCUUUCGAUCAGGGACUUAGACCACGACACCGGGGAAGGAGUAAAGCACUACAGAAUCCGCAACAUGGACAAUGGUGGCUUCUACAUCACAGCCAAGAUCUCCUUUAGCUCGCUGAAGGAGCUCGUCCAGCAUCACUCACGCGAGGCAGACGGGUUGUGCACAAAGCUGAUGAAGCCGUGUCAGUCGAGGGCACCGCAAAAGCCCUGGUGGCAGGACGAGUGGGAGAUUCCCCGAGAGUCCCUGAAGCUGGAGCAAAAGCUCGGAGCGGGACAGUUUGGGGAAGUCUGGAUGGGUAUCUACAACAACGACAGGCGGGUGGCUAUUAAGAACCUGAAGAUGGGAACAAUGUCAGUGGAAGCCUUCCUGGCAGAGGCCAACAUGAUGAAGAACCUGCAGCAUCCGUGCCUCGUACGCCUCUUCGCCGUCGUUACCCAGGAGCCAAUCUAUAUUGUCACGGAGUACAUGGAAAAUGGAAGCCUGGUGGAUUACCUCAAAACAGCAGAGGGAGGCACUUUACCCAUGAACACUCUGAUUGACAUGGCGGCGCAGGUGGCCGAGGGCAUGGCUUUUAUAGAGAUGAAAAACUACAUUCAUCGAGACCUGAGAGCAGCCAAUAUUCUGGUGUCCAGUGAACUCGUCUGCAAGAUUGCCGACUUUGGACUGGCGAGGCUGAUCGAGGACAACGAAUACACAGCAAGAGAGGGUGCAAAGUUCCCCAUCAAAUGGACAGCCCCAGAGGCUAUCAACUAUGGCACCUUUUCCAUAAAAUCAGAUGUGUGGUCAUUCGGCAUCCUCCUGACAGAAAUAGUGACAUAUGGACGCAUACCGUACCCUGGUAUGUCCAACCCGGAGGUCAUCCAGAACCUCGAGAGGGGCUACAGAAUGCCGAAGCCGGAGAACUGUUCAGAUGGACUCUAUGGCGUCAUGGGCCUGUGCUGGAAGGAGAACCCGGACGACAGGCCCACCUUUGAGUACCUGAAGAGCGUUCUGGAAGAUUUCUUCACUGCCACAGAGAGGCAGUACCAGGAAUAGCUCCGGUUGGGCGGCGGACGCACAUCAGACUAAACUGAAGGCGAAGCCUUUGGAGAUGGAGGGUGGCUAUUGUUUGCCCUUUGUUUGUAAAGAGGACGUGCCGUUAUAUUGAUAUUGAAACUGUGAUCACCCAAACGUGCUCUUAGAUAGUCUCCAGAUUGGACAGUCCCGUGAGAGCUGGAUCACUGCAGAGCGGAUAGCGAACGGAUAGCGAGCGCCAUGCAACCAAGAUGUAAAUACCCUCAAAGUGCUUCAUCUGUGUUUUACCUCGGCAGAUCAAUUUUGCUCAUUAUUUCAUAAUACAAAAAUGCAAGAUUGUUUGAAGAAAAUGUUUGAAUUCUUUGUUAUACACAUGUAUUAAAUACAAUCUUACUAAAUUUUGGAAA